AUGUCUUCUUCUCUCACCGCCGAAGAGCAGCAGUACCAGGAUGAGGUUGCCGCCAUCAAGCAAUGGUGGACCUCGCCUCGCUGGAGAUACACCAAGCGUCCUUUCACCGCUGAGCAGAUUGCAAACAAGCGUGGAAACUUGACCAUUCAGCACCCUGGCAAUGUUCUCUCCAAGAAGCUGUGGAACAUUGUCGAGAAGAGAUUUGCCGAGAAGGAUGCCAGUUUCACCUACGGAUGUCUUGACCCCGUCAUGGUCACACAAAUGGCCAAGUACCUUGACACCGUCUACGUCUCGGGUUGGCAAAGUUCCUCGACUGCAUCAUCAACCGACGAGCCCGGUCCCGAUCUUGCAGACUACCCCUACACGACCGUCCCCGACAAGGUCCAACAUCUUUUCAUGGCUCAGCUCUUCCACGACCGCAAGCAACGCCACGAGAGACUCACAGCCUCCCCAUCCGAACGCAAGAACCUCCCUAACACCGACUUCCUCCGCCCAAUCGUUGCCGAUGCCGAUACUGGUCACGGUGGUCUCACAGCCAUCAUGAAGCUCACAAAGCUUUUCAUCGAAAAAGGUGCCGCUGGCAUUCACAUUGAGGAUCAAGCCCCUGGAACAAAGAAGUGUGGACACAUGGCCGGCAAGGUCCUCGUCCCCAUCAGCGAACACAUCAACCGUCUUGUUGCCAUUCGUGCCCAGGCAGAUAUCAUGGGCAGCGAUCUCCUCUGUGUUGCCCGUACCGACUCUGAGGCCGCAACCCUCAUCACUUCGACCAUCGACCCCCGCGACCACGCCUUCAUCGUUGGUGCUACCAACCCCGCCCUCCAGCCUCUCAGCGAGCUCAUGGGUGCUGCCGAAGCAGCCGGCAAGUCUGGUGACGAGCUCCAAGCCAUCGAAGACACAUGGACCCAGCAAGCCAACCUCAAGCUCUUCUCCGAGGCCGUCAUCGACACCAUCAACGCUGGUGUCCACGUCAACAAGGCCGAGUUGAUUGCUCAAUUCACCGAACAGUCCAAGGGCAAGUCCAACGCCGAGUCCCGCGCCAUUGCCAAGGCUCUUACUGGCGUUGAUGUCCACUUCGACUGGGAGUCCGCCCGCACAAGAGAGGGCUACUACCGUUACCGCGGUGGUUGCCAAUGUGCCGUUAACCGCGCUGUUGCCUACGCUCCCUACUGCGACAUGAUCUGGAUGGAGUCUAAGCUCCCCGACUACGCCCAAGCUGAGGAGUUCGCUACUGGCGUCCACGCCGUCUGGCCCGAGCAGAAGCUCGCUUACAACCUUUCACCUUCGUUCAACUGGCAGACUGCCAUGAGCACUUCCGACCAGGAAACCUACAUCAAGCGUCUUGCUAAGCUUGGUUACUGCUGGCAGUUCAUCACUCUUGCAGGUCUGCAUCAAACCGCCUUGAUCGCUGAUACCUUCAGCAAAGACUAUGCAGCUCGUGGUAUGCGCGCUUACGGCGAGACCAUCCAGAGCAAGGAAGAAGCAAUGGGCGUCGAGGUCCUCAAGCACCAGAAAUGGUCUGGUGCCAACUACGUUGACGAGUUGCUCAAGAUGGUUUCCGGUGGUGUGUCCAGUACCGCUGCCAUGGGCAAGGGUGUCACAGAAGACCAAUUCAAGGCUGUUUCGCGUCCUGGCGAAAGUGGCUACAAGGCUGAGGAGAACCACUGA